GCCUAGUUUAUACCUCACGGGCUCAAGGCGAAACCCUAGUGACCUUCGCUCCCAAUCGAAAUCAUGGGGUUGCUAUCGUGGUGGAGGGGAAAAGGCGCGACGGCACCGCCUACUUCUUCGCCGGCGAACGUCGAUGCCGAGAUGGCGCAGGAGGUCCCCGGUAUGAACGGUGCGGUCGAGGCGCGGCGCCCGAUGGACGUGACGGUCUUCGAGUUUGGAUCCGUCGCCGCGUCCGGCGACAGGAUUACGCUCGCCGGGUACUGCCCGGUGUCCGAAGAGCUCGAGCCGUGCCGGUGGGAGAUCAUCCCUGCCGCCGGGCCGGAUGCACCUCAGUUCCGUAUCGUCUUUUAAACCGGUGGUACCUCUCCGAAACAAACCCCUCUUAAAUUUAUCUCUUGCAUCGUAACAAAUCUUGGAAUUUCCAUAGCUACGACUCGUUGCCGUGUAUCUUGUGAUAUUCUGGUUCAUCUCAAUGCUUUGAUUUCGAAGUUGCUACCUGUGUU